AUGUUGCGUGGUGUCUCGUUGACACCGCAGGAGCGGGCAGUGAAAGACCCGCAUGACCUCCCCAGCGAGCUGAAGAGUUCUAUCCUCGGUGUGCCGCUCUUCGAUGUGCCGCCAGACUACGGGUCGACUGGGGUCAGCAGGCCCGGCUUCUCGGUGCGGGGCGCGUCGUCACCUGCAUGGUGUGGGGUAUCGCAAACGCAAGGCCUUUCGCGAAGACCUGCGCUGGCAUCGCUCAUGUCGCGAAUGUGUUGCACGGAGCACCGCGACCCCAGGAGCUUAACCGGACAGGUGCCGGUCUUCGACGACAGAGGUCACCUCACAGCGCACCAGGUCGGCGUCAACACUUUUCGCUUUCGCAGUUUGUCCCUUUUCUACUUUCUUCGCUCACAAUCGUGGACGGUUCUCCUCACGUACUCCGUCGCUCUCUACCUCAUCAUUGUGCUGCUCAUCACGGGCGCCUACUACGCGUGGGGGAUGGCAUGCGGGGCGCAAGUGAACGUGGUCUCCGCCAUCUACUUCACGGUCGUGAGUUUGGCGGCAAACGGCGGCUACAUGGGCGAGGACGAGGACGUGAUGAGCGUCGCCACCCACCGGUGCUACAGCGGUCGCACUGCCAUCGUGAUGGUGUGCUCGUACGUGAACAUUUUGUUCGUCGGCCUCGUCGCCGCCCUCGUCGUAGGAAAGGCCGCGCACACGGACAAGUUGGGCCACCGCGUCGUUUUUAGCGACUUCUGUACGCUGACAAGCCUACCAGGCCGGGCGAAUCCGUGGCGGCUGGUGUUCCGGAUGGCCAACGUAGACAACCACAUCCCGCUAGCUCGCGGCAAGCUACGCCUGUUCUGUGUGACGGCAGAGCCCCUCAAAGAAUACCACAUACAACAGCAGCAGCCUCAGCCGCUACGGGACGCGCAUCUCGUCAAAGAGCUCGCCGGAUCGACGGGGGAGUGCACCCAUCAGCACCUGCCCAGAGUGGUGCUCGUUGGAGGCGACGGCGAGGGGAAGCCGCAGCGGACCGCAGUGCCGGCGACGGAGAGCGAUGAGAACCGUCACGUGGCAAAGGCGCAGAAGCGACGCAAGAAGGAGCGUAGCCGUCAAUGCAGCCCGCCGGCGCCACACGACUCAGCUGGGAGAAGCAGCAGAGAGGAUAAGAGCAGGCCGGCCCCUGCGCAGAGGCACCACCGGCGGCGAAAGCAGCGGGAUCAGCAGCUGCACACGACCGGCAGUGGUAUUCGCGCCGGUGAGGCGGCCAGUCAGGGACGCCAUCGCGGUCAGCGCAGCGAAGGUCGCCGCGGUGUCCAGUGCACCGAAAGGGAGGCCCACCAGAGCGCCUCGAGCAGCCCCAGCAGGUCGUCGUCGGCCUCGUCGUCUCGUACGACGGCCUCCUCCACGCUGAGCACCUCCGCCUCUUCCUCCCACUCCUCGGGAGCCUCGUCGUCCAGCGCCGCCUCUGCCGUCAAGCGAUCGGUGUUGCCCACUGGCAUUCCUGAGCCUGACGUCUCACUGUCCAUGCAGAGCCACGGUUUCGUCGAGAAUAACGGCCAUGUCAUGGAACGGGUCCAUCUAUGCGUUCGUGAGAUGCGCUGGACCUGCGCGGGGGAGAGGUAUCUCGAUCACGGAGAAAGCGGGCAGCUCUCCCUUUGGUAUCCGACCGAAAUUAUUCACAUUAUCGACGAGCGCAGUCCACUGCACCCCUUCUUGGAGCUACCCCACGUCGCAGCGUCUCUCGGUAGCGGCGGCACCUCCGCCGAAGUGCCGUCCACGUUCGCGUCCCGCGCGGACGUAGUCCGGGCGCACUUUCAAAUUGUGGCCGUCUUCGACGCGACAGAGAUGGAGAGCGGCUCCACCAUUACCGCAAAGCGCACCUACACAAGCGAGGAGAUUAUCACCCACUACAAGUUCUCCGAUCGCCUGGUCCACAUUCAUUCGCGGAGCAGCGAGGUGAUGCUGGACUUUCACUACUUCAACUCGCUGCUGCCGGUGGACCUUGUCGAGCCCUCCACGACGGAAUCGGACGUGUAA